UAUAUGUAUAUUACACGCACGAACACACACACACACACAAUCACAAGGUAUUUGUAUGAAUUGAGAUCAUCUACUGAAAUUAACUUCCCAUUCUCUCUUCAAGUUCUCCGAUCUCCUCGUCUCCGACAAUCCACCGCCAUUGUUCGCAGCAACCUCAUUGCUUGCUCGCCGAUAUGGAUAAAAGAGACCACUGUUGUUCGACUCACCUCAUAGAAGGGGAUGGAACUUUCAAUGUUGCUGGAGUUGACAAUUUUGUGAAGGAAGUUAAACUUGCCGAGUGUGGGUUGUCUUAUGCUGUUGUAGCCAUCAUGGGCCCUCAGAGCAGUGGGAAGAGUACAUUGCUGAAUCACCUCUUUGGUACGAAUUUCAGAGAAAUGGAUGCUUUAAGGGGGAGGUCACAAACUACAAAGGGCAUAUGGAUGGCACACUGUGUUGGCAUUGAGCCUUGUACUCUCGUUAUGGAUUUAGAGGGUAGCGAUGGAAGAGAAAGAGGGGAGGAUGACACUGCAUUUGAAAAGCAGAGCGCUCUUUUUGCUCUUGCUGUUUCUGACAUAGUGCUCAUAAAUAUGUGGUGUCAUGAUAUAGGGCGUGAACAGGCUGCAAAUAAACCCCUCUUAAAAACUGUAUUUCAGGUUAUGAUGAGAUUAUUCAGUCCUCGUAGGACAACUUUGAUGUUUAUUAUUCGUGAUAAAACCAGGACACCAUUGGAAAACUUGGAGCCAAUUUUAAGGGAGGACAUUCAGAAGAUAUGGGAUUCUGUUCUUAAGCCAGAAACUCAUAAGGAAACUCCAUUAAGUGAUUUUUUCAAUGUUGAGGUUGUGGCUCUAUCUAGUUAUGAAGAGAAGGAAGAACAAUUUAAAGAACAGGUGGUGAAUCUUAGACAACGGUUUUUCCAUUCUAUCGCACCUGGCGGGCUUGCUGGGGAUAGGCGUGGCGUGGUGCCUGCUUCAGGAUUUUCAUUCAGUGCACAGCAGAUAUGGAAGGUCAUUAAGGAAAAUAAGGACCUAGACCUGCCUGCUCACAAGGUCAUGGUUGCCACUGUACGCUGUGAAGAAAUUGCAAAUAUGAAGUUCUCAUCUUUUGUUGAGAAUGAGGCAUGGAGUCAUUUAGAAGAGAUAGUACAAUCACAGCAUGUACCUGGGUUUGGGAAGAAGCUGACCUCCAUUCUUGAUGCUUGCUUAUCGGAGUAUGAUACAGAGGCUACAUAUUUUGAUGAAGGUGUUAGAUCUUCAAAGCGGAAACAAUUGGAAGAGAAGCUUUUGCAACUCAUCGAACCAGCGUACCAGUCCGUGUUGGGACAUAUAUGCUCAGGGACCUUGGACAGAUUUAAAGAAGUAUUUGAUAAUACCUUGAAUGAGGGUAAAGGAUUUGCUGUGGCUGCUCGUGACUGCACCACUUAUUGUAUGGCACAGUUUGAUGAAGCAUGUGCAGAUGCACAGAUUGGUCAAACUAAUUGGGACUCUUCUAAAGUGAGAGAGAAGCUUAAGCAAUAUAUAUAUGCUCAUAUUGCUGCAGUUCGUGCUGCCAAGUUGUCUGAUCUCACUACCUUGUUUGAGAAAAAAUUGAACGAAUCGUUGGCUGCACCUGUUGAGGCUUUGUUAGAAGGAGCCAGUGAUGACACAUGGCCAGCAAUAAGAAAGCUUCUUCGCCGUGAGACUGAAGCAGCAAUUAGUGGGUUUUCUAGUGCUAUUUCUGGCUUUGAAAUAGAUGAUACAACAAAGGAUAAAAUGCUCGUGAGGUUGGAAGACUAUGCACGAGGGGUGGUAGAAGCCAAGGCCACAGAAGAAGCCGGAAGGGUUUUGAACCAUAUGAAAGACAGGUUUACAAUGAUAUUUAGCCAUGAUGCUGACUCAAUGCCACGUGUCUGGACUGGCAAAGAAGAUAUUCGAGCAAUCACCAAAACUGCUCGCUCUGCCUCUUUGAAACUACUUUCUGUUCUGGCUGCUGUUCGUUUGGAUGAUGAUGCUGAUCCUAUUGAAAACACGCUGUCCCUUGCUCUUGUUAGUGGGGUAGCUUCCCGUAGUGGUAUUUCAGAGGAUCCUCUUGCCUCAAGUAGUUGGGAUGAGGUUCCAUUAUCCAAAACCCUAUUAACUCCAGUUCAGUGUAAAACUUUGUGGAGGCGGUUUAAAGAGCAGACUGAGUAUACAGUUAGUCAAGCGAUUACUGCUCAGGAGGCUAGCAGGAGAAAUAACAACUUGUUACCACCUCCAUGGGCGAUACUUGCUUUGGUUGUUUUGGGUUUUAAUGAAUUUAUGACCCUUUUGAGAAAUCCAUUGUAUUUGGGUGUCAUUUUUGUUAUAUAUCUGGUCGGCAAGGCCGUAUGGGUGCAGUUAGACAUUGCUGGUGUAUUCCAAAAUGGAAUUCUACCUGGAAUUUUAGCGUUGGCGACCAGAUUUCUCCCUACUGUUACGAACCUCUUAAGAAGGCUGGCAGAGGAAGGCCAAAGGCCUGCUAAUGCAGAUCCUCAGCAGAACCCUGCGUUUCCAGCCAACACCUUACGAAGCACAACGAAUGAUCCCAGUGAAAUAUCUUCAAGUGCUUCCUCUGAAGUAACUACUUCAGAAAACGGAACAGAAUACUCGAGCCCCUCAUCCAGCAGCAGAAAAGCGCAGUAAGCUCUGAUUUGCAUUUGCUCCUUACACUACCGGCUUCUGAUUAGUCAUAGAGCAUAAUGCUGGAUGUUCUAGUGGUUUGUUGAUGAAUAAUCUAUGGCAUAAUUGAAAGGAGUACAAUGAGAAAGGUAGAUAGUAUAAGUUUAUUCAAAUGUGGGUGUUGUAGAGUUGUAUUUCUGAUUCAUCCAUUCGUCACCUUUGCUUCUGUUUGUCGCGGUCGUGGACUGGUCCGUCCUUUCUUCGACCUUUAGUUUUGUAUCACUAGAAGGUGAAAAUCUAAACACGCACUGGGAAUUUUCAUGACCCAUUUUGUGUGUUUUGAAGCAAUGCAGCUCUUGUGAUCCCCA